AUGUUCAAAGUUGCAAGCCGCAAAUCUUUUACCCUCAAGUCAUCCGUUCGUCCUUGGGUCAUCCGGAACGCCUCCAGCGCCUCCAACGCGCCAGAGUCUGCGCCAGAGCAUGCAGUGGACCAGGAGUCCUCUGGUGACGUGCAACGCCCCAAGAAGACUCGCAAAAACUACAUUUCCACCUUCCCACGCGUGCCAAGCACCAACAACAUCCGCGAGAAAGAUCUGCUGCUGGAGCAGUUUUUCAACGGACACCUUCCGCUUACGAAACCUAUAGAGCACAACCACCCAGCCACGCCUUCCUUGUCAUUUUCUCCGAACGCAUAUAAGAAAUCCAAGGUCCAGAACUCAUCGAUCUUGGAUAAUCUGAAGAAGUAUAAAGACUUGAAACGCAAGAAGUUGGAUGAUAAUUACCACCCAUUCUACAGUGCUCAUAAAAAAAGUCAGUCGGCGGGGAUCUUGACCCACAGCUCUCUGGACACUCAGGAGCACAAUCUGGAGAUGCUGAAUUUACCUACAAGCUACUUACAGUCACUUAAGCCAUUCAAGGCUCCCCCAAGUCCAGGGAAUGAGGCUUACAGGGACGAUAUUAUUUAUGUCCGAAAGCUUGAAAUAGAGGAGCGCAACCUCAAGCAACAGCAAGAGAUCAAUAGACGGGUCCAGGAGAACUUCGAGCUGGCCAAACGCGGUCUCAAGCAGUUGGACAAGGGCGACAUCGGCGAAUUUUUGGAUGCUAUAAAACGGGAUAUCAUUGAUAAGAAAGACUAG